CCCUGCGGGGCGUGCCCAUCGACAUCGAUUUGGACUGUUUCGAGAGCUGGGGAAAAUGUUUCAAAAUUGAUGUUCACCUUCUGCCAUGUUUGCCAACCCUCCGUGGAAGUCGGGGGACUCCUCCUAAUGACUCGGAAUAUGUUUUGCUGUAUUUGUAGCAUUAACAUUCCUUCGCAGCCGAAAAUGUCUUCGGAACACAUAGUGGAUGUUGCGCAAACAGGCUUAAGUAGAACUCAUCCGAGUAAGUAGCUCAUGGAUGUCACUGCAAACAGUUGCUGCUGAUGGCUUUUUGGGAUUGGCUUGGCUUCGGCUGCAUUGGCGGUUAAUUAUACUUACAAAGAUUUUGUGUGGCAUACUCGGAAUUAAAAUUAAUGAUCUCCGAUGAGAAUCAGCCACAAGCUUCAUUUGCAUAAGGAAGUGC